AUGGCGCAGAGAGGAAGUAAAGGAGCAAAUGAGAGUGACGUCACAUCACCUGAUGUAGGGCAAAAGCUGUGUUUUGAUGACGAGACUUUGAAAGGUAAGGUAACGGCUACAAAGACCAUUACCAAGAUAUUCAUAUCAGCUUUUAACAUGUCCAAAGCAGACAUAUUUUUCUUAUUCUCUUACGAUCCUAGAAUAAAGCCCAGCAUGAGCCUUUUCGAAAGCUUGUGCCUUGAAAAAUGAAUGUCGCCUUUCGCGGCAGCUCUCUGUAUAAAGUGUCUAGCUUCUAACAUAACAAAAAAUAAUUAUUAAAGCAAUUCUUGGCUUCAGUUUUGCAAAAAUUUGGUGUUUCUUUGGUGACGUCUGCGCUCAGGAUACAAAGAUAUCUUUCUGCUGGAGGGUCUAUCGUAUGAAGGACAACUGCUAAAAAAACGGCCUAUUUCGAUUUCUUUUCGCGUCUUGGGGGUUGUGUAAAUUUUGUGAAGUUUCUGCUGUUUUAUUGAUUUGAUUUAUUUCCUUGCAUAUUUUUGCGAGUUGUUUAAAAAUUCUUUCAUGAAAGAUGUUCUUCUGCAUUAUGUAAUAACGACGCAUUUUGGUAAUAACUUACGCAAUUUUUAACAAUGUCCUGACGCAAAGUGUAAUAAUUUUGUUUUUGCAAGAACAACAUAAAAGCAAAUGAGAAAACAAAAAAUAAUGUUACUUAAUUAGCAGCAACGAGGCCUUAAUACAAAAGUAAACCUUACGAAUCGACGACAUCGACGAGUUUAGUCAUGUUCAUGAAUGCUGCCACAAGAAAUUUUAAUUGUUUAGAAAAGCGUUAAUUAAAAAAAUAGAUUCGACACGAUCCAUUAUUACUGACUCUUACAUCGUUUCGUUCCACAUACUUACGUUUUGUUGUUGUUGUUGCUGUUAAUUGUUGUUUAUUCUCUGGUUCCUCUGGAACGAGAAAGAAGAGAGAGCUGAGAACGAGGUUGUGUUAGUGCCUCAUAAACGAAGUGAACGAACCUGGUUUGGUUUUUUUAAAUAAACAUUAUUAAUCGUUAGUUCUCGUAUUUAGGCAGUUUUGGUGGAUUUUGCUUAGAUUCGAAACCCGGUCAUUGAGAAGUGAAUUUCAAUUAUCAUUUCUUACGCACCUUUCAUGUCGUCAAUUCAGUCGAACGAAUCAGGCCCAGUAAUAGUGAGAUCAUUUUGACGCAAUUCUCCUCUCAUAAGUGUUUCAUUUCGAACGAAAUGCACGUGUGGGGCUUCACCAGCCUUCCAACACAGUCAGACGCUCUAUCAUAGGGCCUUGUUUUGCAUUCCUCCUUCCCUACUUUAACGAAAGACCACCUUGUAAUCUCAAAAUACUAAAAUGCGGCCGACAAGAUCAUGAUUCACGCGAGGAAAGGCCCGAAUGCCCAUAGAAAAAAGGUUCUUUGCAAGAUUUGAGAUGUACUUGCCAUUACUUUAAUAUCCUUCUUUUUUCGUUUUCUCUGUUGUUUGUAUGUUGUUUUUGCAAAAAUAGAAUUAUUACAAUUUGCGUCAGGACAUUGUUACAAAUUGCGUAGACGGACGAUUUUGACAGGUGAACUGUUCAGCUAAGUUAAACAAAUCUCACAGGAAAUUAGUGGUGUCUGACUGAGCGAGGGAAUUCAUCGGUGUUUACGAGUUAACAUGCAACAGAUUUGAGCAAAUAACACAACGAGGCAAAAAGGGUCACAAUACAUGGUGUCCUUCUUCACUUAACAAUUAAUGAAUGAGGCUGAGUAUCUUAUGAAGAAUUAUGGAGAUCGAGGAGGGUGUUACGGCCUCGACUGAUAACACCCUCCGAGAUCUCCAUAAUUCUUUAUAUGAUACGAAAGCCGAAUUCAAUAAUUGUUCUAUUUUUCAUUCAAAAUAAUUCCUAGUUUAAAAACAUAGCUAAAACAUGCUUACCUCUAUUGCUGUUAAGUUCAUCUUCGAUAGUGCACGUUUAGGGUUGUUCAGCUCCGCAAAUAUUCUCCAAAUAAUAGAUGUCGCCCUUCAAGUUGUCUUCUUGCUGUUCUUGCCAUGUUUUUUAUUUCGCCUAGUUCUUACUCUUGGAACGAGUGAAAUGUCAGCCAUUUUUGUUUUCACAACCAAAACAACUCAACCUCGUCCCCAGGUCUUCUCUGUUAACGGUGCAUUAAUCUGCAAGAAAGCUGCACUUUUGACGUCAUCGGUUGAUUAAUCGCAAAAUUUUUCCAAAUUUGGUCAUCAGUAGUUGGUUAUGGUGAAUUAUGCGUGUGCUUUUAGCCAAUCAGAAUUGGGGAAUUAUUUUGAAUGAGUAGUAAUAUACAUUAAUAGUUUCUCAAUUUAAUUCAUCUCUAGCGAUAGCUGAGGUUUACUUUAACGAAGGUAAUGAAGCAUACAGAAAGAAAGAUUACAGCAAUGCCGUUUACUUCUAUACUGAGGGAAUUGAAGUUAACUCUAAGGAUGAAGAUCUCAAAGCUAAACUGUACAGCAACAGAGCAGUUGCACAUCUUAACUUAGGUGAGGCUAUUUUCAUUUUAAAAGUAGAAGGGGCAGAGCAGCCGAGUGGUCAGUACCUCGUAUUCGAAAUCCUGACGUAUCGAAUUUGUGCUCCGCUCCACAUGCUGGAUUUUUUUCCCGCUAACCCCAAGUUCACUGAUUGCUCGACCGUGCUUGUAAAACACAACUUGUCUGCCCCCUGCCAGUUGGGGCUUUUAAUUAAGUUUUUUAUUUAGAAUAUAUUUUUGACUUUUUGAACGAAAGAAGAGCAUUUUCGUACUUUUUAUUUUUAACUCUAAUAAAUGGAGGUUACCCAUUUUGUAAGCCAUAUUAAUCAUUAGUAACGAGUUAGCUAGUUUUAAUAAAAUAUAUUAUUAAUUUUGCUUAAAUUUAAAGACCCCUUCAAUUUCAAUAAUAUUCCUAAUACACCUUCAGAAGUCCGACAGUAUUUUGUAAGCUUGAGUUGCAUGUUCUUAGACAAGAAAACCUUGCUUCGAGGAACUGCACCCGGUUCAUUGCAAAAAAACCGCAGUUCUUAUUACAAAAUACGUAAGUUGUUACAAAAUACCGUAACCUUUGUUACAAAAUGCAUAAGUCAUUACAAAAUGCGUCGUUACUAGAGAAUGUGUUUUUUAUUCCUUUAUCACGGCGUUUUUUCUUUUUUUGCAACACUCAUAGGAAAUUACAGUGGCUCACUUAGAGAUGCAAAAGUUGUCAAGGACAUACGACCACUGUUUAUCAAAGCAAUAACAACA